AUGACCGACAUCGCGUCCGAAGAUGGCGACGGAGCCACUCAAGAGCAAAUAAGAACAAACGGAAGUCAGAGGAGAAGUCUUCGCGCCAGCGAGUCUCGCCCUGGAACCGCGAGAACUGGCAUGUCUUCGUCGCGCGGUGCUUGGUCGCAAGGAACUCCCAUGAGAAAGGCUUUACAAAGAGGAAGCCUUACCGGUAGCAUCAAUAGUGGCCGGCCUGCUAGCUCUACAAGCCGAAGUCAUGUUCCCUUGGCUUCGCAUGCCUUCUUUCACCCUAUGAGUUCUCAGAAGUUGCAAGCCCAACGAGGCGCAUCACGUCCCGCUACAGGAAUUCAAGGCCGGCCAAGCACCGAAGACGUACCGGAUGAGGAUCAGUCCCACAUCGCACCACCGCCGCAGGGUGCUACUAUAUCAAGACCCGUAGCUCGCCUAGUCCGCCACAUGACUGAUGAGGCUGAUGGCCAGCCACCCCCUUCGAGGGGUACCGAGGUGACCGAGCCGUACGAUCGUAUCACUGCCACCACGAGUCCGACUCGUGGUCAUUAUCCUGCGGGUAGCGUCAGUGAGAGCGUGCGCCCAUUGCAGCGCAAGAAGGCCGAAGAGAAAGGUCUGAGCCUGGAUGUUGGCAAAUCUAAGACCUACGGGGGCAGUGGGAACUUACCAAGCCCGAUCAACUCGCCGCGCUCUUUCAGAUCAAGCCUCUUUCUACCUGGCAAGGGUGACACUACCGCUACCCCCGCCAAUCGUAACACGCAUGGUGCCGAGAAGCUGUCUUCUGGCGCGUCGUCUCCCCGAUUCGCCCCUUCUGCUGCCAGCGCCCCCGCCGCAAAGGCCAAGACCAAAGCCAAGGCAACCAAGGAGAAGACGCUUACUCAUGGCUAUAACCACGAGUAUUUCGAGGGCAACACCGUAUUCUGCAUUGGCGGUCGUCUUCAAAACACGCGCCACCGACCCAUCAAUAUCGCUACUGGCUUUUUCGUUGUCCUGCCAGCUAUUCUUUUCUUCGCGUUUUCAGCUUCUUACCUGUGGCACCAUGUUUCACCUGCUGUCCCUAUUUUCUUCGCCUAUCUGUUUUAUAUUUGCAUCUCGUCGUUCCUUCACGCGUCAGGCUCAGAUCCAGGGAUCUUACCACGCAAUAUACAUCAAUUUCCACCGGUGGAUGAGCAUGAGGACCCCUUGCGCUUAGCUCCGCCAACGAAUGACUGGACUCUUGUCAAAUCGGCCGAGUCAAGCACUGCGGCAAUGGAAGUACCGACGAAGUACUGCAAGACCUGCAAUAUCUGGCGUCCCCCGCGAGCCCAUCAUUGUCGAUUGUGUGAUAAUUGCGUCGAAACCCAAGAUCAUCACUGCGUUUGGAUUAAUAAUUGUGUUGGGAGACGCAAUUACCGAUAUUUCCUUGCUUUUAUAACUUCAGGUACCCUCCUCUCGAUCUAUCUGAUAGCUGCCUCUCUCGCGCAAGUGCUGGUCUUCUCAAACGAGGAGCACGUUUCCUUCGGAGAAGCCGUGAGCCAUUUCCGGGUCCCUUUUGCCAUGGUGAUUUAUGGGGUCCUUGGUUUCGUAUAUCCGGCUGCUCUGAUGGGAUAUCAUCUUUUUCUCAUGGCUAGGGGCGAAACAACCAGGGAGUUCCUAAAUUCGCACAAAUUCUUGAAGAAGGAGCGGUAUCGGGCCUUCACUCAAGGCAGCAUAUGGAAAAAUUGGAUCGUUGUGUUGUGCCGCCCGCGGCCGCCGACGUACUACCGCUUUAAGUACCGGUUUGAAGAGGGAGAUCAGCGAUUCGGUGAGCGUCGAGAUCAGCACGGGAAGAGUUCGUCGAGAGAUGGACAGGAUAUGGAGAUGCAAAAUGUACGAGGCCCCGCUACAGGCUUUUCGGGACCUACCGCCUUGCGCAACCUCACAGCCAGUACACGAUGA